UUCCAAAUUUGUGAGCAAUUUCGGCAUUUCAGUUCGACAUUGAGCCACAGGCUCGGGAUUUAGCUCAGCUCAAGCACAAUUUUCCCCCUGUACGACGAGAGCACUAGCAGAGUCGUACAAGUCCGUGAAAGAGAGAGGCGACUUUAUUUGGCCAAUCAACAAGUCCUAGCAGAUGGAUUCCAUUUCCGUUUCGUUCUCUCUUCGGUUCGGCGCCACCCAAAUCUAGACAUCUUAAUAUCGAGUUUUGAAACGCCUUGAAACGUCUCGAAUUCGCCAGCUCGGCGGCACCAUGACUGGUCGCGAGCGCUUCCGCUCAUUGCUCCUUGUUCUCCUUCUCCUGCCAGCAUGGGCUCAAGACGAGUCGCUUUUCAGCGCCAACUCACAGCCCCUUCUGCCCGACUCCGGCCCACAGCCGCUGAGCCAAUCGCAGCAGCAGCAGCAGCAAGAGAGUUCAGGGGCAGGCGCAAGGAGUGGAGCAGAAGCAGGUGCGGGGCCGGGGGUAAUUACCCUGGAAAAUGACGAGGUGCUGCUGGGACGGGUGUCUGAGAUGGAGAGGGAGCUCCGUAAGCAGCUGGCGGAGCAGGAGCGCGCAGGGGGGAAGUCAAUAGGGUUACCAGAGACAACAGGGUUACCAGUAGGGUUACCAGAGUCAACGGGGUUACCAGAGUCGACAGGGUUACAGCAACCAACAACGCUAAUACAGCAAUCAGAGGAAUCACUAGCAACGGGAGUCAGUGAGUCAAGGCAGGAUGCUGGGCUGAGCCAGGGAUUGGACAGCGGGCCAUCUGCCACGUCACCUUUCAUUACAGCAGCUGCCACGUCAGCUGCCAUCUCAGCCGGUGGGAUUCCAGCGCCGUUGGCCAUACAGGCGUUGGAGCAGGAGGCGAAGCAGCUGGCUGCUGACGUGGUACAGGGCAAGGUUGACAGAGAAGUAGCUAAGCAGCGAGCGCAGCAGCUGCUGCAGCGACUCGCAGAGGCAGAUGCCAGGCUGAGAGGGCAACCGGCCGCACCUGUUGCUGCUGCCAGCAGCGACAGCAGCGACAGCAGCACCAGCAGCAGCAGCAGCAGCAGCAGCAGCAGCAGCAGCAGCGGCAGCAGCAGCAUCCCCAGCAGCAGCAACAGCAGCCCCCUGCAAUCUCUAGGCCUGGACCCCAUGGGGUCACCCCAGCAGGAAGCUUUGACCUCCCCAUCCUCCCUCCCCUCCCCCCUCUCUCGUUCCUCCAUGUCAGAACUCCACCUCAACAUAGGAGCCCUCUACUCGACCCACCUAGAUUCCCUCAACUGCUCCCUCACGCCCACCUGCCCGGAUUUCUCAGGCAGGUGCUCGGUCAACCCGGAAAUUUCGGCGUGCUUUAACCCUGGGAUGGAGGACGAUGGGAAGCAGUGGCUGCGGGCGCCAGAAAACUGCCCGAAAGUGAAGAAUGUGGGGGAGAGUGGCGCAGAGGGGCUUGAUUCGAGGUGCAGCCAUGAGGCGGACUUUGCGUGGCACAAGUGGAUGGUGUUUCAGACUUACUUGCUGCGGGGCGUGUAUGUGAGCUCGGAGGGGCAGGUGUUUAACGAGACUACACACUUUGCACGCAAGGGGUGUGGGCACUUUUCGGAGUUUUCUUACCCCGAGUCCACCCCAGUGCGCCACAUACGCCGAGCCCUCUCCCUCGUCUACCCCCAAGCCACAGGGUUCUACCACGGGCUGAUUGAGUGGCUUCCCAACUUCCUGCUCCUGGCGCCACUGCUGCAGAAGCUGCCAAACAUUGCUGUGCUUGCCACUGCUGAACAGUGGGCAUUCUACGACCGAGUUUUGAAGCCGCUUGUGGGUGUGGAGCUAGCUCAGAUUAAUCGAGUGGACAUCAACCCCAAUGAGCUCGUCCUUGUCGAUCAACUCUUCAUGCCUCUUUACCAGUGCUGUGGAAAGCCAUCUCCAGCCAUCUGGCGAAACAUGAGGCUGCGGGCCCUGCUCCCCCGCAACGGCCUCCCGCUCUUUCACAGGCACGGCUGGCAGCCCCGGGGAAUCCAGCCAAUCACAGAGAUCCAGGCUGUAGCCGUGCUGCGCUCUGAUUGGGUGGUCGUUGUUGCGCGCCGCCCGGGCAGCCGGAGGGUUUUGGACAAGUUUGAGGAGGUGGUGGAGGAGGUGAAGAAAGUUUUCGGGCAGGAUAAGGUUCGAAUAUUCGACGGCUCGCUUCCAAUCCUUGAAGCCCGGUCCCUCUUCCUGCAAACCCGCCUCUUCAUUGCAGGGCAUGGGGCAGCACUGGCUAACAUGGUCUUCAUGCCUCUGGGUGCUACAGUGCUUGAGAUUCGACCAGACCGUUACGACAAUGCGUGUUACCACUUCCUGGCAAGCGCAUGCAGUCUACAGUACAAUCUGGUGUUGGGUCAGGGCGAUAAAGACAGUGAAAAUAAGGUCGAUGUGGGUGAUGUUACGACAGCUUUAGAGAGCAUACGUAGCGGGUUUGGUACUGUGCAAUGAUUUCCUUGUAUCACAUUUUGAUACCGGUACAAAUGUUUGUACAGUGUCUUAGUUUCAGUGUGCGCCUUGCAACA